CCUAACCUGCCUGUCUGUGGCGGUCGCGCCCAGGUGUUUACCUGGCACUCAGGUAAAUCGUGUGCGGUGUCGGGUUCGGCUUGAGCCGCCCGACCUUCUCUCCGCACGUUCCGCAAGCCCCGACGGCACGGAGGGACUUCAGGCUAAAGGCGGUGGGCUCCACAGCCCGGACCCCGCCUCGCUGCUGCGGCCUGCGCCCCUGGCGGAGACCCGGGACGUCAGCACGGUGGUUCCGGAACGCGGUGAAAUGCCCGAGCUGGUGGUGACAGCGCUGCUGGCGCCAUCGCGCCUCACCCUGAAGCUACUGCGUGCCUUCUUGUGGAGCCUGGUGUUCUUCGCAGCGCUGGUGGCCGCCGCCGUCUACGGCUGCAUUGCGCUCACUCACGUGUUGUGCCGACCCCGGCGCGGCUGCUGUGGGCGCCCCCGGCGUACUCCACCCGCCUGCUUGAGUGACCCAGCGUUAGGCAAGCACAGCUUCCUGACCCUCAAGAGCUCGGGCCUGCGCCUGCACUAUGUCUCAGCUGGGCGCGGCAACGGGCCCCUCAUGCUGUUUCUGCACGGCUUCCCUGAGAACUGGUUUUCCUGGCGCUACCAGCUCCGGGAGUUCCAGAGCUGCUUCCACGUGGUGGCUGUAGACCUGCGUGGAUAUGGCUCCUCCGAUGCACCCAGGGAUGUGGGCUGUUACAAUAUCGACCUGCUGACUGCGGACAUCCAGGAUGUCAUCUUGGGCCUGGGUUACUGCAAGUGCAUCCUUGUGGCACAUGACUGGGGUGCAGUCCUAGCCUGGAAUUUCUCCAUCUAUUACCCAUCCCUAGUGGAGAGGAUGGUGGUGGUCAGUGGCCCCCCCUUGUCGGUGUAUCAGGCAUACUCAAUGCGCCACAUUAGCCAACUCUUCCGUUCCAACUACCUGUUCCUGUUCCAGCUCCCCUGGCUGCCCGAGAAGUUGCUGUCAAUGUCUGACUUCCAGAUCCUGAAGACCACCCUCACCCACCACAAGAGUGGCAUCCCACACUUGAGCCCCAAUGAGCUUGAGGCCUUCCUUUAUGACUUCUCACAGCCCAGUGGCCUCACUGGGCCCCUCAAUUACUACCGAAACCUCAUAAGGAACUUCCCUCUGGAGCCCCAGGAGCUGGCCACACCCACUCUGCUGCUGUGGGGGGAGAAAGAUACCUACUUGGAGCAGGGGCUGGUGGGGGCCAUCAGCAAUCACUUUGUGCCUGGCCGGCUGGAGGCCCACAUCCUGCCAGGUGUGGGGCACUGGAUCCCACAGAGCCACCCUGAGGAAAUGCACCAGUACAUGUGGGCGUUCUUGCAAGACCUGCUGCACUAGUAGCCCUCAUUCACUGGCUUGUGUGCACCUGGGGGUACACAUAGCAUACAUACCUGGGUGGUCUCCUGGAUCAUGUAUAGGUGUGGAACUCCUAAAUCACUCACUAGUGCAUCUCUAGGUGCCCUGGGGUACACCAACCCACGCACAAACCUGAGUGUGCAUGUUUGAGCAAGCACUUUGACCCCAGGAAACCAGGGAUACCUCUACUCUGUGGAGCUGGAUGCUGAGUGGUCUCUCUCUCUUCCAUGGGGCCCCAGUUUUCUCACUGAAAUCAGUGCCUCCUAAACCCUGACCUUCCUGUCUCUGGCUUCUACCUCCAGUCUGGGUCUUCAGCUAAAUGCUGCUUUGUACAAUAUAGUACUAAUAGUCA